GGGGGUACCCACUCCCGCGUGGUGCUGCUGAGCGAGGACGGCCGCGUCCUGGCCGAGAGCGAAGGACCCAGCACCAACCACUGGCCACCAGAGAAGUUGGUGGGACGUUAGGGUCGGUGAAGCUUCCGGUGCCACCAGGGAUGGCUCCAGGGCCGCAGGGGUGGCUUUGAUGUCCCCGUGUCCUCAGCUGAUCGGCGCCGAGCGAUGCCUGGAGAGGAUCGAGCGCAUGGUGAGCGACGCCAAGAGCAGAGCCGGCGCCGACCCCCGCGUCCCCCUCCGCUCCCUGGGGUUGUCCCUGAGCGGAGGUGACCAAGCGGACGCCAUCAGGACUUUGACGGAGGAGCUCUCGCGCCGCUACCCCCACCUCAGCCAGAGCUUCUGCAUCACCAACGACGCCCUCGGGGCCAUGGCCACCGCCACCAACCACGGUGGCAUUGUCCUCAUCGCGGGCACCGGAUCCAACUGCAAACUCCUCAACCCCGAUGGCUCGGAGUGGGGCUGCGGUGGAUGGGGACACAUGAUGGGGGACGAAGGCUCAGCGUAUUGGAUCGCCCACCAGGCCGUGAAGACCGUGUUUGACUGCAUGGACAACCUGGAGGUGCCACCUCACGACAUCGGCUACGUCAAGAAGGCCAUGAUGGACUACUUUCAGGUCUCGGACCGGUUGGAGCUUCUGCCCCACCUCUACCGCUCCUUCGAGAAGGCCAAGUUCGCCGGGUUCUGCCGGCGGCUGGCGGAGGGCGCCCGGGCGGGGGACGCGCUCUGCUGUCACCUCUUGGGCCGGGCGGGUGCGGAGCUGGGGCGGCAGGUGGGGGCGGUGCUGCCCCGAGCGCACCCGAGCCUCUUCCUGGGGGACCUGGGGCUGCCCAUCGUCUGCGUGGGCUCCGUCUGGAAGAGCUGGGAGCGCCUGCAGGGGGGAUUCCUCCGCGUCCUGGAGGAGGCACGGGACAAGGUGCCUGGUGGCAUCUUCACCCGCUUCAGCCUCCUGAAGCUGAGAGGCUCCUCGGCGCUCGGCGCCGCCCGUUUGGGCGCCAGGAAGGUGGGCCAAGAGCUGCCCUUGGACCAAGCCAGCAACGUCCAUGUCUUCUACACCCACGUCUUCUAACGUGGGCCUCAGGGGACCUUCGUGGUGGUGGUGGUGGUGAUGGAAUUGAGGGUUUGUGUGAAAUAGAAACACUCCGA